CUUACAUCAUUUGGGUAAUUUACCCUGUAACCAAGAAUGACUAUAAGCACUGUACGCUAGCCCUCAAACUCAAAGCCAAACCAAAACUGAGCUAGCUCGUUGACCUGGACGCAAUGCAGAACGCAGCGGAACUGCAGCGCAAGGUCAUUUUGCUGGAAGCAGAGCUCCGCGACCGCGACAGCGAGCUACAAACACUGCGGGACAUAGCGCAGGACCAGAGCCAGGAUGUUCAAGCUGCAAAAAUCAUCGAGCUAUCCAAGAAGAAUCGGGCUCUCAACCUUGCUCUCGAACGCGAGAAACAGCGGGCGGUGAAGCUGCAAGAGGACCUGGAUGUGGCGGGGAGUUCAGGGCGGCCAGCAUCUAGCGCUGGGCCGGCCUCCGCCGCACCACCGGAGGCCAUCGAGCAAAUAGCACGCAGCAUGGUCGAGCAGGCGGCAGACGCGGCGGAGGCCGCUCAAAAGGAGGCGGCGAUGUGGAAGGACAAGCUCUCGCAGACCACCAACCGGAUUUCGCAAAUGGAGCAAAAGGUGUUUGCGCUGGAGGCUGAGAACAAGAAGCUUACGCGGGCGCUGGUGCGGGAGGUGGGCGAGGAGGUGCCGUUGGCGCGAGUGCUGGACGACAGCGGCGCCAGCGACUGGAAGGGCCGGCGGGAGCAGGUCAUUGCGCUGAGGGACCAGGUAAAGCAGCUGCGGGCGGCGGCGGCGGGCCAGGCGCCGGCGGAGUCGCGGCAGGAGGCGGCGGCCAAGGGCGUCAUCGGCAAGAUCAGCAAGGAGCGGAACCAGGAGAUGGAGCGGCAGGGGGCGGAGCUGGCGGCGGCGCGCGGCGAGCUGGAGGCGCUGCGGCUCAAGUACGACGGGGCCAUAUCCCGGAGAAAGAUUUUAGAGACGGAGCUGAACAACGUCAAGUCCAAGGUGGCGGUGAUUCUGGAGAAGACCCAGAUGGACGACAAGCUCAUUGCGGCGCUCAAGACGGAGGUGGCCGCGCUCAAGAGAGGCGGGGCCGGAGGAGGCGCGGACCGACCCGGGCCGGCCGGGCGGCCCGCGCAGGCCAUGCCCGCCGACGAUGAGGAGCUGUGGCGGGAGCUGGGGGCGCUGCGGCGGCGGGUGGCGGAGCAGGAGGAGCAGAUAGACCGCCAGGAGGCAAUCAUCAUGGCGCUGCAGCAGCGCGCCUCCGCCGGCUCCACACCCACAGGCGGGCGGCCGGGCAGCGGGGGCCGGGCGGCGGGCUGGGACAGCGCAGCGGAGCAGCAGAUCCGGCUACUCGAGGUGGAGAACGGGCGGCUGAUGGAGCUGGUCAACCUGAUGCAGAGGCGGCUGGAGGGGUCGUGAGGAGGCUGCAGGGGUCAUGAGGAACGGACAGGAGGAACGGCGGCCGGGUGCGGCCGCACGCGGUGCGGAGGAAGCUGGAGCGUGGAGCGGGGGUGUGGUGUGGCGGCCGGCGCCCCAUACGCCGUACACACAGGACAGCAGGGGCGACUGAGAGCGGCAGAACGGGGCACGGUGCAGCAGGUGGUGAUGCGUGGCGGAAUGCAGAGCUGAUGUGGCUGGGUGGGGGUGUUGCUGUUGGCCACGCGCUGUGCGGGGGCGUGGCUGGGAAGGGAGGAAGAGUGGGAGGGGUGCUUGCAGUGAGGCCCGCGCGUUGCAGGUUGAGGUGCGGUGUGCUGUGUGCGCGCGACGACUGUGAGAGAUGGGCCGGUUUCAAGGGGUGGGGAGGAGUGCGCCCGGCAGCUGCCUGGACAGGCGUGUGCUUGCGUCGUGCAUGCAUGCACCCAUCAGGGAAAUCAUUACCAUGCACUGGGUGCAUGCGAUGAUGCGAUGCACUGGGUCCAGCUUUGACGAGCUGCACGCCACACGCGCGCGCGCUGCCUCUGAAGCCGGCACGUUUGGAUUCUUGGAAAGAGGAAAGCCUUGAAAUUAUAAGCCA